AUGGGCUUCUUCGACAACCUCAUGCUCCAGAUGGACGAGAGCGUUUCGGGCCUAUUCGGACAAUGGAACGCAUACACCACCGCCCUCAUCACGCUCCUCGUUGCUAUUGUUACCUACCGAGUCGUUUCUAGCCAGGACCCCGAUACCCAUCCUAUGCUUCUUGCGCGCCAGGCCCAAGGCUCGCCCGUCCGACAAGAAGGAGAAUCCCCCAUCUACCGAUCCCAUUCUGCCCCUCACGGAAUGCCUUUGAACACCGGGCUUAACGUCAAGGAUGCCGGCGCUUCCAAGUGGUCGAGAGGACGCGAUGGAGACCUUCGGGAUAUCUGGAGAAGAGCGGCGACGGGUGCCUCCGAGGAGGAGGGCAAGCUUUCGGCAGGCAAGGGCCGGUUGUUGACCGUCCUGGGCUCCGAGAACGUCGUCGAGCACCCGCUUGACGACGUCACCCGCCAGAUCAACCUCAUCGGCCAGCACAUUCAUGAGCAAGGCGGCAUUCGCGUCGCCGUCUACUUGCCCAACUCCAUCGAGCUACUGGUGACGCUGUUCGCCUGCAGUUUCUACCCCAACCUCACGGCCAUCCUGAUUCCCUUUGAUGUCUCGGACGAGGAGCUCAUCACAAUGCUGCGUCGUUCUGCCGCCGAUACCGUCGUCACUGCUCCUGGCGCAUUCCCCUUUGACCCGGUUGUCAAGGCGUACCCCGCCCUCCGUCAAGUGAUAUGGGUUGUGGACGAGGGGAGCGCGCACAUGGACUGGAACGAGGUUCCCCAAGGCAUGGGCGGCAGCGUUAACGUCGCAACUUGGCAGGACAUUCUUCGCGAGGCUCCUGCCGAUGCCGCGAGAGAGCUGCCCCCUGUCAACAAGGAGGUGGAACCGAAGGAUAUCAUCAGCUUCUGGCAGUCAAAGCCCGGAACCAUGGAGGAGAUGGUGCGCUUUACGCAGGCCAACCUGGUGUCUGGAGUUGCUGCUCAGCUCGCCGCGAUCCCGUCGACCCAACGUCUCAAUCCCUCUGAUCUCUUCUUGUCGGCCGACUCUCUGACAAACAUCCACACUCUCACUCUGACGUUGGCGGCUCUGUACUCCAACUCGUCUGUCGCCUUCAACUCGGUUGCUGGAAAGUCUACCGAUCUGGUCCUUGCCACCCAGGGAGUUGCCCCUACGGUGCUGGUGUUGACCCCUGAGACCCUGUUGAAGAUGCACCAGGAGUCGACCAGCCGCCUGUCCUCUGGCCUGGCCAAGGUUGCUCACUGGGCACAGUCCCGCAGUCUCACGGAAAGUGGCGUCAUGCCAGUUGCCUCUUUUGCUGCUCGAUUCAACAGCGCAUCCCGACCCGCGAUUGGUACCACUCCCGGCAAACUGCGCCUCAUCUACGUGGCGGAGAGGGUUGGGACUGGAUCGCCCCCGCUGUCGUCCCGCAUGCUCUCUGACAUUCGCGUCUUCACCGGUGCUAGAGUCAUCUACGCUCUGGCUGCUCCCAAGGUGGCAGGUGCCGUCGCUCAGACUGGUUACUACGACUACAGAGUUCACGAUGACAAACAAUCUCACUUUGGCCCGCCCGUGACAAGCACCGAGAUCCUGUUGAGAGAUACGGAGGAGCACAAGAAUGCCGACCAGUCGUAUCAAGGCGAGAUCUUUGUCCGAGGUCCCUGCGUAGCGGGCAACGAAGCCUCCAUCAAGGCUACGGGGAAGAUUCGGGACGACAAUACCUUGGCGUAUGCAUGA